UAAAACCUAAAGUUGGAACCAAAAUACACACACUCUUGUAGCCUGUGCAAAGGAGAAAGGAAAGAAGAGAGAAAAAUGGCAUCUUCGUCUGGAGUUACAGAGAGAAGGGGUAUACCUGCGGCCUCGUUUGUGGAAGAUGUCCAGGCCUAUCUCGCACAUUUGUCUCUCGACGCCAACUCUUCCCUCGUUUUCCUCCAAGAAAGGCUUCAACAAUACAAGCAAGCUGAGAUGAAACUUCUGGCCCAGCAGAGGGAUCUUCAGGCAAAGAUCCCUGAUAUUGAGAAGUGCUUAGACGUGGUCAGCACUUUGCAAGCUAAAAAGGGUACUGGCGAGGCACUCAUUGCUGAUUUUGAAGUCUCAGAAGGCAUCUAUUCACGAGCAUGCAUCGAAGAUACUGAUUCAGUAUGUUUAUGGCUGGGAGCAAAUGUCAUGCUGGAGUAUUCAUGUGAAGAGGCCACUGCACUUCUGCAAAACAACUUGGAAAAUGCGAAAGCCAGUUUAGAAGUUCUUGUUGCAGAUCUGCAAUUCUUAAGUGAUCAAGUGACAAUUACUCAGGUAACAAUUGCUCGUGUGUACAAUUGGGAUGUUCAGAAACGCAGAACGCAACAAGUUGCUGCUGCUGCCAAAGACUCAUGAAAAAGUUCUGUACAUCCGGAAAGAGGUGGCAAAUCCUGCUUUUCUAGCGAAGAAUAUGGUUUGGCUGUCUCUUAUUUAUUCCUUUAGGUGAUAACAUUAACUUCCCUUUUUGAUUGUAAAUUAGUAAUAUUAGUUGAUUGGGUUCUCAUCUUAUUUGAGCUCUAGUUCCUUGAGUUUUGGUUCUGAAAAUAGAUCUGUUGUGUGAGAAAAAUGUCAUGUUACUCAGACUAGCUUUGUUGAUUGGUGAGACUUGUUUGGGCUUGACUGUAACGGUAUGAUUGGCGAAAUUCAAAAUAGCGUACCUUCAUUU